AAUGUCUCAUAUCUAUCAUUGUCGUCACUUAUUUCUUAGAAAAGAGUAAAUAUAGUUGAGUAAGACAAAAUGGUCGGAAACAUCUUGGCAAUUAGGGACCGAUCAUGUAUAUAUAUAUUAUAAUACUUCUAAUAGUUAUAUGUCUUAUCGUCUUGUUUUGGAAAAGACAGAAUUCGUCUCUGCUAAGAAAACAAUCCAUGGCAGAGGCUUUGAUUGACGAUCCAGUUUAUGUUGCAGUAAGCACAGAUGUUUCUGAAAGCAGACUGACUCUCACAUGGGCAUUGAGGCAUCUCCAGCCCAAAAAGCUUUACCUUCUUCAUGUUCAUCAACCCAUUUCCAUCAACCCUACUUGUUAAGUAUCCCUUCUCUAUGUUUUAUUCUUGCUGCUUCUUGGGAACUUGAAUCCAACAUAGUAUUUUUUUUUAUCAUGAUUCAAAUUGUUGCAGCUGGUACAAGAAAUUGAUCCUUUGUUUUUCUACCUUGUUUAGCCUCUCUAUCAUUGCAAGUGGGCUUGAACAAAGCGAGAUCGAUGCUAUUCAGGAGUCCGAACUGACGAGUUCGUAUGAGAUCCUUCUCAAGUACCGUGAUAUCUGCGCAGUUGAAGGAGUGAGUGCUCUUCCAACUUACUGCUACUUCGGUGCCACACAAAUAAAGGAAUUUUGUUGCAAUUCACUUUUUUUUUUUUUUAAAUAACAAUUAUGAUCAAAAUCUACAAGGGGUGAGAAUUUAGUUAGUAUGAAAUUCAUAGAUUGCUUAUGUUGCAGAUUCUCGAACAAGAUGUGGAUAUAUCAUAUAGUUUGGCAAAUAAUGUUGGGGAAGGGAUUGUAGAACUUAUCUAUGAAAACAAUAUCAAGAAGCUUAUUAUGGGAGCAGCUGCUGAUUCCCACAACUCCGAGGACAUGGUUAAUAUCACAUCUAGAAAAUUCGAUUAUGUGACUAAACAUGCGCCUCAUUGCUGUAAAAUUUGGCUUGUGGGUAAUGGAAAUCUCAUCCAUACGAGGGAGGGACGGUUUGAUCGUAGGGGUUCACCGCACCCCUCCUCUGAAUCUUUAACUAGCCUCCAGGGCCUUGAUUCUGCUUUGGUACCAUAUGAGGAAGCAGUGAGAGGUGAACAUGACAAUGUGUCGCAUGCCCUAUCUUCACCUGAAGACCAAUCAGCUAGAGGGUUUGAGACAAUGUACUAUGAAGAGCAGAGACGGGGACUAGAGAUUGAGGAACGCAGGAUAAAAGCGGAGGAAGACCUGAGAGCAGAAAUUGAAAACAUGAAGGGGAUCCAAAAGGAACUCGAAGAACAGCUUUAUAUUGAUUGCCCCCGUCAGUUUGAAAUGUUCCAGAGAGAGCGAGAUGAAGCUAUGAAAACAACUGUAGAGCUUUUGAGACUUCUAAACCUGGACAACAGUGAGUCAGCAUCACAUUCACCAUCAUCCUCGUUUCAGCGGUCGGUUUCCAACGAGCCUCCCCCAUAUUUUCUCUGUCCCAUUACACAGGAAGUAAUGCGAGAGCCUAGUGUUGCAGCCGAUGGGCACACCUACGAAGCUGAAGCCUUAAGAGAAUGGCUCCACAAUGGUCACGAUACCUCACCAAUGACGAACCUUAAGCUUGCCCAUCGUAACCUUGUCCCUAACCACCCCCUUCGUUCUGCCAUUCAAGAGUGGCUUCAAGGACACUCUUAAUGAAUCUCUGUUGUGAUUUGUGAACAUCCUAAAUCUCAAGUUAUAUGUGUGUUGGUUAAAAAAGUUGUUAUGAAUAUGAUGAGUGGAAUUCAUUAAAAAAAACCAAAAAAACAAAAAAAACGGUCUGGUUCUCCCAUUUAACAACCUGAGAAAUACGAUUUAAAAGGUGAAAUUAAAACCGAACCGAAAUAGAGAAAAAGUGAUUUGGAUGUUUCACCUAAUCAUUAAUAACAGUUGUUCUGCGAC